AUGUUGUUGCCUGAUGGCUGGCUCUUCUUUUCAGGGAUGAUGGAAGCUGAGAAGAAACCGCACUCGCAGCCACCGACAACCUGGUCGGCACUCCCGCUGGACCUGGCAAGCAUGGUGCUCCGCCUGCUCCCCGCGUACUCCGACCGAGCCCGCUUCGCCGCGGUGUGCCCGCAGUGGCGUGCCGCCGCGAGGCAGCUCCAGCCCCCGGCAUUGCCCUUGCUCGUGCUCCCCGACGGCACCUUCUACAGCCUGCCCUACGACGAGCCUUUCCGCUUCCCGGGCUGCGGCUUCGCUGGGUACGAGAGCGCCUGCGGCAGCUGGCUCGUCUUCCCACGUGACGACGGGUGCUUCCUCGUCGACCCCUUCUCCAGGGCCACUGUGACGCUCCCUGCUCUCUCGUGUGUCCGGCUCUGGCCUCCAAAUGCAGUUGCCAAAUGGUCAUCCCAGGCUGGGGCAAGAAUUACCCAACCCUACGUCACAUGGAUGCACACGAAGGACUCACAUGAACCGCACAUAAAAAAGCUGAUCCUGUGCUCGUCGAACCUUGUUGCUGCAGUGGUCGGCCUUGGACCCCUCAGCCAGAUUCUGAUUUGCCAACCAGGGGCCUCAUCGUGGUCAGUACGCGCAUACGACAGGUUGAAGGUGUAUGAAGACAUGGCUUUUUACCAGGGCAAGCUCUACGCCAUUGCCGAUGACGAGCAGCUCCUUGUUGUGAAUAUCAGUGAGGACAGUAACACGGGGGAUCCACAGGUCUCUAAGAUUGGAACGGUCAUCAAGGACAAGGCUUCUCCUUGCUUGGGCCAAGGUGUGUCUGGAGCCAACUCUAUGUCCCACAAGAAGAUAUAUCUGGUUGAAUCGCGUGGCGCGUUGCUGAUGGUACGCAGGAAGAUUUGGUUGUGUGUUCAGGAACCUGGAGCGAGCGAUGAAGUUAUUGCUGGACAGAACGAGUUUGAGGUUUUCGAGGCUGACUUUGUGCAUUCGAGGUGGAUCAGGGUGUCGACCGUGGGGGAUGACCAGGUUCUUUUUCUAGGGCGAAUGUGCUCCAGGGCUGUGUCUGUGUCUCAGUACGGGUUGUUGGGCAAUCGCAUCUUCUUCUUGGAUGAUGAUGAUGACGGAUGUCUUGUGAACUACGUCUACGCCGAGGCGAACACAUCUUGCAGCGCCUAUGACAUGAGACUAGGCGACAUCUCUUCUCCUCAUCCAAUGAUUUCCUGGAAGCGCCACCGUGAGAUGCGUCUGGCAGCAUGGCUCUUCCCUCAGGACUGAAGUUGAGAUGUUAUGCUGUUAUUGUUAUGCAAGCUGCCCUUGCUCCCUGGUUAUCUGACCGUGCUGUAGAUGAUGCUGUUUUGCAAGCUGCCCAGUCUAUCUAUCUAUCUGCUAUGUAUCAUGUUUGAUAUGGUGUUCGGACUUCGGAGGUCGGUGGUCAAGUGCAAACCGUGAAAUGCCUUAGUAUUUAACUUGCUUGCUCUGUUAGCUGACAUGUAUCAGCAAUUCUCUGAACUUAUUAUGGUGAUUACUAUGAGCCUGUUGACCUCAUCGGUUUGAAAGCAGUACUGUGGUUGUUAUUGUGCCUAUGAAAGAUCUUAAAAUGCAUCUAUCGGAAUCUUUGCCAUGGUAGCAUCCCUUUUGUUUUCUGCAAUGAU